CCUGAUCGUCAGCCCUACAAGUAAUUCAUUUCAUUCAGGACGCCAAGGAAAGGGAAACUGUAGAUAGGCAUGGAGUUUUUCCUUCUCCCUUUCCCCUCCGCCAGCUACACUGCUUCCGUCUUCGCUGUUCUUCUCUUCCUUUAUUCCCUGUUAUGGAUUUCUACAGGUUUCCGAAAGAAGUACGUCGGCCAAAAAAUAGGAGCCCCCAAAGCCGCCGGCGCGUGGCCGGUGAUCGGCCACCUCCAUCUCCUCGGAGGAUCCCAACUCCCCCACAGGAAGCUGGGGAACAUGGCCGACAUGCACGGCCCAAUCUUCACCAUAAAGCUGGGCAUGCACCGGGCCCUGGUCGUAAGCAAUCCGGCGAUGGCUCGGGAGUGUCUGACCACUCACGACAAAGUCUUCGCCAACCGCCCCAGAGCAGUGGCCGUGGAGCACAUGGGCUACAACUACGCCAUGUUCGGGUUCGCUCCUUACGGCCCUUACUGGCGCCACGUGCGCAAGAUAGCCAUGAUCCAUCUCCUCUCCAGCCACCGCCUCGAGACCCUCAAGCACGUCCCUGAAUCCCAAGUGAAGGCGGCCGUAAACGACCUCUAUCGGAGAUGGUCCGGAGCCAGUGGCAGCGGAGGCGGUGGUUCAAAUGCGGUCCUGGUGGAGAUGAGCAAGUGGUUUGGGGAUAUAAAUCUGAAGGUGAUUCUUAGGAUGGUGAUAGGAGACCGAUGUUUGGAAGAUGGCGGCGCCGUCGACGAUCGGUUUCGGAGGGCGUUGAAGGAGUUUUUCCGGCUGAUGGGGUCGUUCGUGGUGGGAGAUGCUAUUCCGUUUCUGAGGUGGGUGGAUGUGGGGGGAUACGAGAGGGAAAUGAAAAGAACCGCGGUGGAGUUGGAUCGUGUGACGGAGGAGUGGUUGGAGGAGCACAAGCGGAAGAGGACGGUUUCGGCGGAAGACGGCGGCGACUUUAUGGGCGUUAUGCUGUCCGUACUCGAGCGCGACGAAGCUCUUUCUAGGCUUUCCGAUUACGAUGUCGACACUAUCAACAAAUCUACAUGCCUGGACAUAAUUUUGGGUGCUACAGAUACCACCUCAGUGACCCUAACAUGGGCUCUCUCCUUGCUCCUAAACAACCCCUGCGUUCUCAAAAAAGCUCAGGAAGAAUUGGACUCCCAAAUUGGCAGAGAAAGGCAGGUGAAGGAGACAGAUAUCAAACACUUGGUGUACCUCCAAGCCAUCAUCAAGGAAACCCUGCGACUGUACACUGUGGUCCCUCUCUCUGCCCCCCACCAAUCAACAGAGGACUGCACCGUCGGCGGCUUCCAUGUCCCCGCCGGCACACGACUGGUGGUGAACCUGUGGAGGAUUCACCGAGAUCCACAGGUCUGGUCCGAUCCGAACGAGUUUCGACCGGAGAGGUUCUUGACGACCCACAAGGAUGCGGAUGUAAGGGGGCAGCAUUUUGAGUUUAUCCCGUUUGGCAGCGGCAGAAGAAUGUGCCCUGGAGUCUCUCUUGCGCUUCAGAAUCUGCAUUUUACGCUGGCCAAUUUGCUGCAUGGGUUUGAGGUUGCAACUCCAAGUAACGAACCGGUUGACAUGGGCGAGUGCUUUGGGCUAACCAUGACCAAGGCCAUGCCCCUUGAAGUUCUCAUCAAUCCGCGUCUGCCUUCUCACCUUUAUAUGUAAGGUUUAAAGAUUAUUAGUUAAUAUAUACGCUGUCGAUCAAGCUUUUGCAAGUUGCUACUUCUUGUGCCAAGGGAACAAGUCUUAUACGGCUUCGUAAUUUCCAACACAGGCUAAUUUGGGCUUAUGAAUGAAUCCUGUUAAGUAGGUCAAUUUUAAGGUCAUAAACAUAUCUUCCCUCACUCCUUUGUACCAGAGGAGUUCAAAA